AUGCCCAGAAGUAAUCACAAGCAACGUAUGUUGCGAAAGAUUGACCACCUGAUCGCUAGAAUCCUCAAAAAUCAACCAUCUCAACGUCUCCUGCGUCUCUGUACUACUCUCCGUGUGUAUCAACAAACAAUCGAAGAACAAAGAUACUACAAACGUCCUGCUUAUCGAAAAGACCUCCCUCCCUCCUCCAUAUACUCUACCUGUGCCGAGUUCUACCUUAUCAAUGAAGCCCAGCACUCCCACGCCUUCCGAAUCACAACAGCCGAAAUGUCUAGGUUGGAUGAGAUGUUUGGGGGGGAUGAGGUGUUUAGAAGCGUAGGGACCAAGCCACAAGCACCCUCUCUAUAUCAGCUGGGACUCUUAGUAUUCCGCUUGGCUCAUGGACAUGAUACAGCCACAAUAGCAAGGACAUUUGGUAUCUCCCGUGGAACUGUCAACCAAUGGACGUCCCGUAGCCUUUAUGCAAUGUGUAAACGCUUGAAAGAAGUUAUCAGGUGGCCCGAGCCAGAAGAAAGACCAAGAAUCAAGCAACACAUACUCGAUGUUCACACCAUCCCUCAUUGUCUUGGUUUUAUAGACGGUAUUCAUAUCAACCUUGAUCGUGCCCCUGCUAUCGGUCCUGCCUCUGGCUCAUUUCAUUCAAGAAAAGAACGAUAUGGCUUCAAUGUACUUGCAGCAGUGGACCACAGGAAGCGUUUCACCUUUCUACAUUGGGGAUUUUCAGCUCGAUCAUCUGACAUGCGACUUCAACAAUCCAUGGGUCCACACCUUCGUCCCCGGGAGUACUUUGACCCAGGAGAGUUUCUUUUGGCAGAUUCAGGGUUCACUUGUACAACCACUAUAGUGCCAAUGUACAAGAGGAACCAAGGGGAGCUCCUACUAUGUCACGGGCGUCGAACAACUAUUUCUUAA